GUUUUGCUCAAUGCCAGAAGGUUCCAAGUUUGCAGAUUAUGCCUGCGGCAUCCAUUCAGCGCAAACCUGUGGGAGCUUCGCUGCUAUUGACCUGCCAACCGGACGUUCCAGAUAGCACAUUGAUUUCCGAUCUGCGGUGGAGUGACAGUCGAAACAUAACAAUACCGCCCAAAGCGACGGGCCAAUCUUCGCCACCGAUAUACACCGAGUCCAUCUCAGGAGGGCAAGCAUUGGCGCUGCUGUUCAACUCGCUGCAAGAGUCCAUGGCCGGCACUUACUACUGUGCAGCAUCCUACUCCGUCACUGAGCAACUGGCAGCAUCCGUUCUGGUCGAGACUUACGUUGCCAUCACGUGGAAGGAUGCUCCCGAGGAUCAACGGCCAAUCCUGGGUGAUGACUAUAUCGUUCGUUGUGAGGUGUACGCCAAUCCGCCGGCCACUGUGGACUGGCUUCGAGAUGGCGAUCCGAUUAAAUCCAGUGGCCGUUACGUUAUUGAGAACAGAGGAUUGCUGAUUCGGAAUGUGUCAGAAAGUGACGACGGUUUGUACACAUGCCGUGCAGCAGUGAUAUCAACUGGUGAAUUGGCCAAAAGAGUCAUUCGCGUAGAGGUUCAAAUCAAGCCAGAAGUACAAAAGUUACCAAUGGUACUAAACGCCGUUGAGGGACAAUCGUUCUCCUAUAUGUGUAAUGCCACUGGCAAACCAGUACCUGAAUUCCAGUGGAUUAAGAAAAGCACGCAGCAAAAUGUUGCUGAUAUUGAUAGGUUCUCAGUAAAUGCAUUGACUGGUCAGCUUGACAUAAGCCGAGUAGAACAAGACGAUCAUGACACUUACACUUGUGUUGCAAAGAAUGCCGCUGGCAUUUCAGAAUCUACCACCAAAUUGAACGUCUUAAUUCGUCCAAAGAUCAUCGAAUUCAUGAAUAUCACGGUACCUCAAGAUGAAGAAGCCGUUCUUGCUUGCAAAGCAUUCGGUAGACCCCCGCCAGAAAUUACAUUCCGGAGAUAUGGAACAACUGAGGAGUUCACCGUUGGACUGCAAGUCAGCGACGAUCGCAUCGUUCUAGAUUUGGAUACAAAUACGGAACGGGGCGAAACAAUUGGAAAUUUAAGAUUUUCCAAGCUUGAUAAGACUGAUGACGGUUUGUACGAUUGCAUAGCCAGAAAUCCAGGAGAUGUCGCGUACAAAGUUGGUCACAUCACUGUCGAAUAUAAACCAAACUUCGACCACAUGAAGGCGCUACCACCGGUAUAUACAUGGGAACAGCGUCCAGCAAAUCUAAGUUGCUUUGCACAAGCCAUUCCCAAUGCCACAAUCGAAUGGCGGUGGAAUGAUCGACGUAUUUUAGAUUUGUCCGACUUUAAUAUGAAAAUUGAAGAGCAAGGUGUCCGAAGCGAUCUGAUCAUUACUCCGCGAGAGCAGCGGUACUUCACCAGCUACAAGUGUGUUGCUACGAAUCGCCUUGGACGCGAAGAGCACGUUAUGGAGCUCCGUGAAGCACGCAUUCCAGAUGCAAUUGUUCAGGCUAAACCACGAUCGGUCAGUGCUACGUCCAUGACAUUCGAUAUUAUUCCACCAGCAGUGCAAAUGGGACUACCAAUUACUGCCAUAUCGGUGCAAUACAAGGAAGAAUUCAAUCCAGAUUGGAACAAUGCCAUAAACCGAACAUGGUCACCGGAUAGUCCUUACAUCGUGGAAGGCUUGAAACCUCAGACGUCGUUCAGUUUUCGUUUUGCCGCACGGAAUGUAGUGGGACUUGGCCCGUGGUCUGCCUAUAUAGUGCAUUCUACACCCAAACGAUCCGAACCAGAAACACCGAAAACAUUGCACGUUCCGAUCCAAGAGGAGAAUGAAGAAGACGAUGCCAUCGUGGCGUCACCGUACGCAGAUCAUUUCGAGCUGCGGUGGAACGUGCCGGUUGACAAUGGCGAACCGAUCAACUUCUAUCGGGUGAAAUACUGUCCGGGUUCCAAGGUCAACGGCGUGUGGACCGAGCUGGAAGGUGCCUGCCUAGACGAGGACAUCCCGACUGCGACGCACUACGAAAUGCGUGACCUGCAGGCUGACACCUACUACCGGAUAGAACUGAUGGCGCACAACGCUAUCGGUUACUCGCGACCUGCUCACCUGCUGCUCAAGACUGCCCGAGGUAUCGACGUGGUGCUACGAGUUGAUGACCGGGCCCUUUCGUCGGCGGCCGUCAUCGGGAUCGUUGUUGGCUGUGUCCUACUACUCCUGCUGGUCAUCGAUAUCCUCUGCUGUCUGAUAGGAAAUCUCGGCCUGCUGGCAAUGAUGUGCAGAAGAACGAAACGCUCACCAUCCGAGCUGGGUGACGAGGAAAAACUAGGAAGUCUAUACGGUUGGCGUUUUCCGCUACCCUAUUGCAGUGGCAGCCUCAUCAAGGAGCGUCCACCGUCACCGUCGCCGCUGCCUCCGCCGAUCGUGAAGCUCGGUGCGACCACACCGAUAGAGGAUGAAAAACAACCAUUGAACUCGUUACCAGAUGUUGGGGUAAAGACGAAUUCAUCGGUGGAAUUCGACGGCAGAGGUGUGCAGAUUCGAAGCGGUGAAAUCAUAGGCAAAAAUUCCGCCGUGUAAUCAGACAAUGUUGGAGAUUCAGGACUGUCUGUCCACUAGAGAGGAACGCAUGAGGGUUGAAAAAAUGGAACGGAGUAUUCGUUACCAAGGUAGUCACUCUAGGACUUAUACUGGAAGCGAUAAGUGACAGAUAACAGAUGAGAGAUUUGCAACUGAUAAUAAUGUCAAGCGAAAAAAAAAAACUUUACAAAAUUGUGUAUAUUUAGCAGCUAGGAUUAAGACAAAUUGCGAACUCACUGUUUUAUAUGUACUUUUCGGAUGAUGAAUGACAGAAUAAUGCUCUCAACUUGCGCGGAACAACUUUACAUUUUUAAUGCUAUUUAAAUCACAAUUCCAGCGGAUAAUGCAUCAUGUGGACAUUAUUAUUGCAUAUAUUGUUUACUUACUUAAAAUGCAGAUAAAAUAAUACCAUCAGUUGGUAUGACACCCAUUAACAAUGAUGCUAAAAACCUGUGUGCUAUUGCUUAGACGGAUUUUGAACCAUAUAGCAAACCUUCAAAACAUGAAAGUAAAACCAACUAACAGAGCUCAAACAAACAAAAAUAUCCGUUCGACCAUGUUUUGAAAACAAUUCUGCGAGAUUAUUAUUAAACAUAUUGAAUUUAUUUAUUUAUGUCAACAUUUCCUAGAAUCAACACAUCCGUCGAAUAUUUCCAAGAAUUUUGAUGAGCAGGAAAUGUAUUGAGUUUUAAUUUUUGGUGUCGUUACUAAUCGAAAAAAUGUGGUGCAUAUUCUGCUUCUGCCUUUCUGCAAACUGUAUUUCGAAAUGACAACCUACGUUUGAACCAAAAGGAAAUAUUAGCUUAGUCCCUUAAUCAUCUUACUUAGAAUAUAAAAUUUCUGUUGAGCUUCUGUAAACUUAAUGUACUCUAAGCGCGUAUCAAUCAUCAACAGUGUACCGAUGAAAGAUUGUCUAUACUCGUAAUUUAUAAAUUACAAAAAACAAUGUCACUUACUUGAAACCCGUCUAUUACCGAGACAUACAAAGAAAGAAACAAAUCAGCCAAAUUGCUAUAGUCGCUUGAAUGAAAGUCUACAAUGGUUCAUCAGUCCAAACUGCCAUAUUUACAUACUGUAUUUAAAAUAAACAGCUGUGCUUGAGCUCCUAUUUGUCGUGGCUUGGAGCAGACCAACCGAAUAUUCAUUUUUUAUAACCAUGCACACAAAUCGUCAAUCCGUCAGUUAUAUCCAUGAAAGCAAAUUCAUACAAAAAAAAAAUACAAGAUUUAGUCAUGACUUAGUUAACUACUUCAAUGAGCGGUCCAAGUGUAGAUUAUCAUUUCACAAAUUUAUUAAUAAGAUCUCAUCUGAUGACAGGAAAUUAGGAGAAAGAUCAGAAGUACUAUUAGUUUAAGUGUCUUAUAGGAUAUAGUUUUAUUUUAGUUAGUUCCAUUUUUUUUGUAAUUCAAGAACGAUCGCCGCAUUAUGUUAUUUUAAACAUAAUCAAAAUUACCGAAAUGUAAUGAAUGCUGAAAAUAUACGUUUUUAAUUAAA